AUGACCACAGCCGACCGACUCGAGCAUUACAAGCACAAUGAUCCCAAAUUUGCAUCACGACCGAUUCCCAAAGCAACACCCAUCAUCCUCGACGAUGCUACCGACUACAACCUUUACAUUGUUGAGAAAAUCAAGAAGAAAAGAACGUUCAACCGCCAACUCGAGUUCUAA